AUGGACAACAACCCCGCAGACCACGAUGAGGUCGUCUCUCAGUUCUGUAACAUGACAGGCACUCGGCCAGCAGAGGCUCAGGAGUACCUCGCUGCCAACGGAUGGGAUAUGGAAGCGGCCGUGACGGAAUUCUUUGCGGAGCAGGACGAAGCGCUACAGGACAUGAAUACCGGUGAAGGUCAACGGCUCGGCGCAGAAGAAUCCACUGGAGCAACUGGAGGAGGCCGAAGUCUUGGUGAAAGUGAUGCCGGAGUCUCAUCUUCCGCCGGACCCCAGUCUUCGUCGAGUCGUCGCGCAGCCCCGAAAAAGAAGUUUGCGACUCUGGGCGACUUCGCUUCAGGGAGUGGUGGCGAUUCGUCAUCUGAUGAUGGAGAUAUGGACCAGGAUUUCUUUGCUGGUGGUGAGAAGUCUGGAUUGGCUGUGCAGAAUCCCGACGAUCUUAAGAGGAAGAUUCUAGAAAAGGCUCGGAGGGCCCAGCCACCCCCCUCAGAUGAGCCUCAGUCACGACAGUCCCAUUUUACGGGCACCGCCCGCACCCUUGGUGGUGAUGAUGCCCCGAGUCGCGUGAUUGAGGACCCCUCCGGCCCCACGGAGGAACGUCCUCAGCGCGUCCACCGAACCCUCCACUUCUGGGCCGAUGGAUUUUCGGUUGAUGAUGGGGAGCUGUAUCGCUCAGACGACCCACGCAAUGCCGAGAUCCUGGAUGGUAUCCGUCAGGGUCGCGCUCCUCUUACAAUCAUGAAUGUUCAAGCUGGCCAAGAAGUCGACGUAGAGCUGAAGCAGCACGAUGAGAAAUACGUGAAGCCCAAGCCUAAAUAUAAGCCAUUUUCGGGCGCGGGCCAGCGCCUUGGCAGUCCGACUCCUGGUGUUCAGAGCCAGCCUUCCACACCCCCGGCAACCUCCACUCCAACGAGUUCUGGACCGGCCAAGCCUGAAGUGGAUGAGUCGCAGCCAACUGUCACUCUCCAAAUCCGUCUCGGAGACGGUACUCGCUUGACAUCUCGUUUCAACACAACUGCUACUAUUGGCGACGUCUAUGCCUUUGUCGCAGCCUCGACCCCAGAUGGCCGAAACCGGGCGUGGGUGUUGAUGACGACGUUCCCCAGCAAGGAGCUUAACGACUGGGAGAUCACCCUCGGCGACCUGCCUGAGUUUAAUCGUGGCGGUGUGGUCAUUCAGAAAUGGAAAUAG